AUGACCUAUAUCAAGAUUUAUCGUAAUGACAUUAUUGCCUUUAAGAAUAUGUUUCUUGACAAAAAAUGCAUUCCACAAAAUAAACAUGAAUUAUCAAUACGAAUAAAAAUUUAUGAAAACGAAAGAUUCAAUUCACGACUCUUCGCAAUUUCUUGCUUUGCUCCUUUACUUCCGUUUGUCCUGGUACCAUUGGCAAAGGGAGUUUUAAUCUACAGAACAUGGAUGCCAUACGAUAUUAAUUCUAGAUUUCGAUUUUGGAUUACUAGCUUCUUUCAAACUUUAGCUGCAAGUCUGACAGUUGUUAUUUAUUCGUCCGUUGAAAUUAUUCCUGCAAUUAUGAUGCAACAAAUAUGUGCACAAUUGGAGAUAUGCAUGAAUCGUCUAAUGAAUCUCCUUCGACUAUUAAGGGAAAAUAAUGACACUAUCAAUAAAAUCAACACAUUUCGACUUGAAUCAAAGCUCGUCGAAAACUGUAUUUUACAUCAUGUUUAUAUUUACAGGUUGAAAAAGAAAUUAAAUGAUCUAUUCAGUUUAAUAGUUUUUAUGCAAUUUUUUGCAUCUACCAUAAUUCUAUGUACAGUUGUUUAUCAAUUAUCAAAAUUGAGUGUAAUGAGCAUGAAAUUUUGGACAAUGUUUAUAAUGUUGAUCGCUUUUUUGCUGCAAAUAUUUUUGUAUUGUCUCUUCGGAGAGUUAAUGAUAGAAAGGAGUUUAGCAAUUUCUGAUACAAUUUAUCAAAUGAAUUGGACUAUGCUUAGUGAGAAAACAAAAAAGAAUUUGAUUAUGAUAAUGGUACGAUCGAGUAGGCCAAUUGUGUUAAAUGGCGCAUCAAUGAUCACGAUAUAUAAUUCACAAAUUUUUAUGACUACCUGUUUGAUAACUGCUGUUACAAUUGUUAUACUGCCAUUGACGAAAGGAGAGAAUGUCACUCUGAUAUUAAGAACGUGGAUACCAUACGAAAUUAAUAGUGCAUUUCGCUUUUGGAUGACUUAUUUGUAUCAGACAAUUAUUGUAAUAUUGUCUGUUGGAACAUAUUCUGCCGUUGAGGUUGUUGCUGCUGUUAUGAUGCAACAAAUUUGUGCUCAAUUAGAGAUAUGCAUGUGUCGAUUAAUGAAACUUCCUCAACUAUUGAGAGAAAAGGAAAACAAUAAAAUUGACAUUCAUCGACAAGAAUCUGAAUUUGUUGAAAAUUGCGUCAUGCAUCAUGUUUACAUUUUCAGACUGAAGAAACAAUUAAACGAUCUAUUUAGUUUAAUGGUAUUUAUGCAAUUCUUUGCAACCACGAUAAGUUUAUGUACAGUUGUUUAUCAAUUAUCAAGACUGAGUUUUUUGAAUUUAAAAUUUUGGACAAUGGUGGUCACGUUUAUAACUUUCCUGAUGCAAAUAUUUUUGUACUGUAUUUUUGGUGAUAUAAUGAUAGAAAAGAGUUUAGCAAUUGCUGAUGCAAUUUACAAUAUGAAUUGGACAUCGCUUACUGAAAAAACAAAAAGAAAUUUAAUCAUGAUAAUGGUGCGAUCGAAUAGGCCAAUUAUAUUAAAUGGCGCCUCCUUAAUUCCGAUGUCAAUUGACACUUUUGUCAAGAUUUUGAAAGCCUCAUUCUCUAUUUUCAAUUUACUACAAUCAACAACGUAG